GAUGUGGCGGGAGCCCGAAGCCUGGAGCAGCCAGCGCCGACUGCUCCCGGGCGCCCUAUGGCUUGAAGAGCCUUGCCACUCAGUGGCUCCGCUGCCCUAAUGGAUCCACUGAAUCUGACCUGGUACGAUGACGAUCUGGAAAGGCAGAACUGGAGCCGAUCCUUCAAUGGGUCAGAAGGAAAGGCAGACAGGCCCCACUACAACUACUAUGCUAUGCUGCUCACCCUUCUCAUCUUCGUCAUUGUCUUCGGCAACGUGCUGGUAUGCAUGGCUGUGUCCCGAGAGAAGGCGCUGCAGACUACCACCAACUACCUGAUUGUCAGCCUCGCAGUGGCUGACCUGCUCGUUGCCACGCUGGUCAUGCCCUGGGUUGUCUACCUGGAGGUGGUUGGCGAGUGGAAAUUCAGCAGGAUCCAUUGUGACAUCUUUGUUACUCUGGAUGUCAUGAUGUGCACAGCAAGCAUCCUGAACCUGUGUGCCAUCAGCAUCGACAGGUACACAGCUGUAGCCAUGCCCAUGCUGUACAACACGCGCUACAGCUCCAAGCGCAGAGUCACCGUCAUGAUCGCCAUCGUCUGGGUCCUGUCCUUCACCAUCUCCUGUCCACUGCUCUUUGGACUCAACAAUACAGACCAGAAUGAGUGCAUCAUUGCCAACCCUGCCUUCGUGGUCUACUCCUCCAUCGUCUCCUUCUAUGUGCCCUUCAUCGUCACCCUGCUGGUGUACAUCAAGAUCUACAUCGUCCUCCGCAAACGGCGCAAGCGGGUCAACACCAAACGUAGCAGCCGAGCCUUCCGGGCCAACCUGAGGGCCCCACUCAAGGGCAACUGUACUCACCCUGAGGACAUGAAACUCUGCACCGUUAUCAUGAAGUCUAAUGGGAGUUUCCCAGUGAAUAGGCGGAGAAUGGAGGCUGCCCGCCGAGCCCAGGAGCUAGAGAUGGAGAUUGUCUCUAGCACCAGCCCACCCGAGAGGACCAGGUACAGCCCUAUCCCACCCAGCCACCACCAGCUGACUCUCCCUGAUCCAUCCCACCAUGGCCUCCAUAGCACUCCUGACAGCCCUGCUAAGCCAGAAAAGAAUGGGCAUGCCAAAGACCACCCCAAGAUUGCCAAGAUCUUUGAGAUCCAGUCUAUGCCCAAUGGCAAAACUCGGACCUCCCUCAAGACCAUGAGCCGCAGGAAGCUCUCCCAGCAGAAGGAGAAGAAAGCCACUCAGAUGCUCGCCAUUGUUCUCGGCGUAUUCAUCAUCUGCUGGCUUCCCUUCUUCAUUACGCACAUCCUCAACAUACACUGUGACUGCAACAUCCCGCCAGUCCUGUACAGCGCCUUCACGUGGCUGGGCUAUGUCAACAGCGCCGUGAACCCCAUCAUCUACACAACCUUCAACAUCGAGUUCCGCAAGGCCUUCAUGAAGAUUCUACACUGCUGACUCUGCCGUCUGCCUGCACAGCAGCCACUUCUCACCUCCAGGCCCAGGCUCUCCGGGCCUCAUCCCUGUGAGCCAUGGGCAGAAAGGCCCUGAAGGACUGGGUCUUCUAGUCAUCCCGCCGGCCCUGCAGCGUUAACUUGGCUCUGCUUCCCUCUGCCCACACACCCUCACUCUGCCAUGGCAGGCUAAAGAGCCCCGCAUUGGUACCAGCCCUGGGACUGGACCUAUGGCUCAGGGCAGCUCACAGAGUCUCCCUCCCACCUCCAGGCCCUCUCUCCUUGGCACCGAAGAUUCAGUUGCCCUCCUUGACCUUUCUUUGGGGCACUGGGGUCUCUGGAGUUACUGGAGUCAGAGUCGAGGAUAUAAGGGCAAGCAAAUUCUAUUGGGUUUCCCCUGGUUUUCAUGGGCCUGUGCUGGAGCAGGCAGUCAGAAGGAGGGACAGUUCUCACUAUCCAAAGCUCAUGUGGGGAAAAAACUUCAGCCCUGGGAGACCCAUGUAAAUAUCAGAUAACACAUGGACCCCAGAGGAGCGCAAGCCAAAAAUCUUAGCUCUCUUUCCCACCCCAGUGAUCCCUGUUUCCCCCAGCUUUGGUCCUGACUCAUCCCACUCUGUUACAGCUCUCCUUACAGCUUCCACAGCAUUGGAGGGAGGAACCCUAAUCUCCAAGGGCCCCAAAAGGGUCUGUGGAGAGAGAAAAGCCAGGCCUCCCUUCUUCUAGCCAAAGCUGGCCAGUCUGGGAAGUUAAGUAUUGAACCCACAUCUGGGCCUGAGUCGGGGGACAUUUGAGGUUCUUUGAGAGUUUGCCUCUUGCCACACUCUGACAUAAAGUGUCUUUCCCUUUCUCUUCCUUCUGGAGUCUUCUCUCUUCUCUUUCCUUUCCCUUCCAGCGUCUCUGCCUUAGAGGAGUCCAUGGCUAAGAGGCUGCUGAGGGCCCUUUGGUCUGCCCUGGCCCUGCUUUGAGAGGGGAGGGGAAACUGGAGCUUGGAGGCGCCCCCAGGCCCCAGACUCUGUAACAUCACUAUACGUGCACCAAACUAAUAAAACUUUGACAAGUAACUCUCAAGGGCCCCUGGGUAGCCCGGAGCAGUGCCAACACCAUCCUUAACAUACAGAGAGAGCCAAAACUCUUAUUUCUGACAAGGUCCUUCUAGACUAGAGGGAAGCCAGGUAUUCCCACCUCUCUGGGUCUGGUUCCUCUGAAGGUUGGCUCUUCCUUUGGGCUUUUCCUCCACCAGGCCAGAGAAGGCUCCUUGGAAAAAGUGGCGUUGGAGGUGCCGGCCUUGCCUGUGUGUCUCUCUGUCCUUCAUCCUGUCUCUGUCUCAUGUCAGGAUCUCCAGCUUUGGGACAGGUUGCAGAAAGCAGGCCAAGCCCCGAGUGCUGUGGCCUAAACAUCUCUGCUUCCUCUUGCUCCAGACCUGUCCAAGCUCCAACCUUCCUGGGGUUACAACUCAGCCCUGCCCUGAAAACAGAAACGUGGCUUAAAAAAAAAAAAGAAAUAUAAAUCCACCAGUGGAAGAAGAAUGUUCUUACCACCUUGAGAAUAACAGUGGUGAUGACAAACAAGGUGGUGGCACCCACAGGUUCAGGCUCUGGGGAGCUGUCAGGGCAUAAUUUGCAUGCUAAAUACAAUAUUUUUAGCAGCAAAGUUUGGAGCACUUAAUUUGCCCUGAACAUUUAAUUAUGGACUUUGAUCUUCUCUUUGAACCUGAAUGUAGUGCUAAGCCUGGGAGAGUUCUUGUCCCCAGGAGCACUCUGAUUUCAGAAGUGGGGGAUAAACAGGCCCUUUAUAUAGCCCAGGGCAGCCAAUAUCUCAGUGACCUCCUCCUGAGGAGGCAUCAGGCCCCAGUAGGGGUUCAGACACCUUAGGCACUCUCAUCGGCUGAUACUGGCUCACAAGCAGCUCAUCCACUGUGUUCUCAGUCCAUGGAUGAUCUUGACCUGGAUAGAGCUUACACAUUCACCUUAUUAUUCGAAACCCACGAGGCCAUACAAUCUAUAGUGGUGAGAAUUGGAAGAGAUGACAAAGAAAGGCAGAGAAAGAGAGGAAGGAAGGACUCAGCACAGGAAGGGAAGAGAGCCCUGGAGCAAUCUGAGAAGAGCCCUGUCAGAGAGAAGAGG